AUGGGACUGAAGGAUGACUGCCUCAUACCAGUAUGGGACAAGUUCAGAGCCUUGGUCAACCUCAAGUACCUCAUCACGGGCAUCAUUGCCGCCCUUAUCUUCGUCUCCAUGCUCUCUGCUGCUCCCACCCCUUGGUGGGUUGAGGAAACGGAGCAGUACAAGACGCGACUCUUCUUGAACUUUGCCGACACCAAGGGCGACUUCAUGGACGACGUCGAAUGUUUGUACAGCGACUCGGGGUGCAGGAUCAUGCUGCACCACCGGGAGGUGGACGGCCACCAGCUGUGGCCCAUCUACUCGGCGGCCCAGGCCUUCACCAUCAUCUCCAUCGUCCUCGCCUUCGCUCUCUCCGUCAUCCACUUUGCGCUGGCCUUUGUCGCCCGCUUCCUCUCACGCAGGGUGAUGGUGGGCGUGAACGCGUUCAACAUCGCCAGCGCGUUCUUGCUGUGCAUCACGACCAUCCUGCCGUGGGUCAUUCUCAUGUCCCUCCACACGCGGGCCGUCCGCGAUGCCGAGGGGGUCUCCAACGACGGCGCCCGGUGCACGUUCUACUUGCACGCCGGUGACGUCAGCGCCGGCGGAGCGGCCUGCACCUUCGCCGGCCACCAGAACAACGUCACCAGCGGCGCCACCGUUUGGAAGUGGGAGCCGACGGGCGGGUGGAUCCUGAACUGCACGGUUUUCUGGAUCACAUUGCUCACAUUCCUGCCGGCCAACGUGCUGUGGGUCCUCAACACCGGCGGCAAGGUCGCCCGGGGCCGCGGCAAGAGCAUCCGGCGCGGUCGUGGCAUGACCUCCUCGCGCGCCCUCUCCAAACAGUUUGAGCUCAACAAGAUCUCUACUGGCGCGAGGUCGCCCAGGAAGAACGUGGAGACGUCGGGCGGCGACAGCGUGGAGGAAAGCGACGGCGAGGGCCGAGGCGGCGCCAUCAACUUUGGCGACGACGCGCCAUCGGGCCGCGACAGGGCCGAGAGCGCCUAUGACGGUGGCGCGAUCAACUUUUCGGGCAAUGAGGCCCCGCGCAAGUCGGAGGAGGAGGACAGGAGCGAGGGCGCACUCACCGAUUCGGAGGAAGACGACUAG